UUCAUAUCCAAUUAAUAUGGCGCGUUUAAUAUGAUUGUUGUUGUUGUUCCAUGCCGUUCGUUUCGCGAUCGAUUAAUUUUUUGUUUUUGCUAAACGUCGUUGUAAUACGGUUUCUUUUUCAAUAUUGUUCUUCUCCGGUGUUGCUGGCUGCACGCCUCGUGGGAGGAGAAGUUUUCUCAACGUCGUCAUCGUCCUCCUCCUCCUCCUCCUCCUCCUCCUCCUUCGCCGCCUUCUUCUCAUCCUCCUCUUUCUCCGCCUCCACCUUAUCCAGCUCGUCGUUUCUGACAGCAAAAGCGGAGGAUCGGGGUCGAAUUAAAAACGCGAAGCACUGUUCCGACGAUAUCGAAAUUACGAUCAACCGGCGAAAAGUGCAGAAGAGGAAGUGCAGGACGACGUCGGCAAGAAAGCCCGCCUGGAAUUCAAAAUCGAAUCGACAACGCUCGGUUACGCGAGCGCAUCGUUGAACCGAUUUGAAAAUUUGAAUUUCGAACGCCGUUUGGCGCCCCUUUGCUCUGGCUCUACGGCUCACGGCGAACGACGAAAUAACGACUUUCCGACAGAUCUCGUGCUGCGACUGGGACCGGCGCUGAAAUCCCCAUAACUUUGACGUUUGACGAAAGGUCGCGUGCAUCGCGAUGCCUUGCUUCGACGACGCGCCGCCACAACACAUAUGGCUGGAUGAUUAGCCGUCAUUAAACGUCCCGCAAGUCGGGACGAGUCGAGACGCCAACCGUAACCUCAAACUUGAUCGAUAUUUCCACGUUUCUCGAUCACAUCAUCCGAAACCGCAAACUUUUCCGACGGUUCCGGACUCCGCGAAAUUUUUAUCUAUAAUUCUCCCUACGAUUCUUCUCCUCGUCCUCUCUUCUUCUCGGGUUUAACGACUCAUGGCUGUAUUUUUGUGGGAAUCUCAUCUGCACCGUGACAGGGUUGCGGGCAGUUCAGACAUGGGAAGUGAGCAUUACUGCCUGAGGUGGAACAAUCAUCAGAGCAACUUGCUGGGUGUGUUCAGUCAGCUGCUGGAGUCCGAGUCGCUGGUGGACGUGACGCUGGCGUGCACGGAGGGCCCCUCGAUCCGCGCUCACAAGGUUGUACUUUCGGCCUGCUCCAGCUACUUCCAGGCUUUGUUUCUCGACCACCCAAAUCGCCACCCCAUCGUCAUCCUCAAGGACGUCCGCUUCUCCGAGCUACGAACCCUCGUCGACUUCAUGUACAAGGGAGAAGUGAACGUUGAGUAUUGCCAGCUCUCCGCCCUCCUCAAGACGGCCGAGAGUCUCAAAGUCAAGGGACUCGCGGACAUGACAAACAUCAAUGCAGCCGCAGCGUCGAGGGAAGAACAGCAACAGCAACAGCAACAGCAACAGCAGCAGCAGCAGCAACAACAACAACAGCAACAGCAACAGCAGCAACAUCUUGCCAAUGAGAAUCAGCGGGAUCGAGAGCACCGGGAACGCGAUAGGGACAAAGAACGGGAGAGGGAAAGAGACCGGGAUAGGGAACGGGAACGGGAACGGGAACGGGAACGGGAAAGAGAGAGGGAGAGGGAGAGGGACAGGGAAACGGAAGUGGAAUGCGAACAAUCUCAACCUCAGCAGCUCAGCGACGUCAUGGAAGCGGUUCAUAUGACCGAGUGUCCACCCUCCCCCACGGGACCCGGGAGUCCCUGUCCUGGACCCCUGGCCCUCCAUCGACCCAGAAGGAACUCGGAGGACGCUGCGAGCCUCGAAGAAACGAGAGGCUCCCUCAGUCCCAUCUCCGUUCACAGUGGUCCCAGCGACAUGAGUCUCAGUAAUAACACCACCGGUGCUCCAGCCGGAAGCAUCAUACCCCUUCAACUGCCACAAAGCAGGCUUCCGUCUCCUCACAGUACGGAGCCUCUCGCCGGACCCUCGGGACUUCCGCCUGUACAGCAAGUUCCUCUAUCCCUAAAGAAGGAAGUAGAUUGGGAGCGAUCGACGGACGAUCGAGUAUCGAAUAUCGAGGCGACGACUGACUACAGACUCCCACCAGAUCCGGUAUCACUGGCUCUGGGCUUGGAGGUCGGAGGAUGGGGUGCGCUGAUGGAGAGGUCGUCGAGCGCUGCCCACGGCUCGCUCUUUUCGUCGGGUGGGUUGGCAAGCCUGGCGCGUCGAUGCGGCGUCUGCCUGGCGGCGUUUCCAUCCGCGUGGCUAUUGGAGCGUCACGCGUUGCUGCAGCACGCGGGCCACCCUUCCGACGACAAGCCGUUCACCUGCGAGCAGUGCGGCCAACGUUACCGAUACCGAUCGGCGUACGUCAAGCAUCGGGAGCAGAACCACCGCGCACGCCUCCCAGCGGACAAGCUGUUCACCUGCGACGUCUGCGGCAUGCAAUUCCGGUACCUCAAGUCCUUCAAGAAGCACCGACUGAAUCACGCCUUAGAGCGCCUCCACCGGGUUCCCGAGUCCCUGCAGCCGGGGCCCGCGGAGCGUAGUGACCAGGUUUCGAGCACCGGAGAGCCGUCCCAGGUGGAGACGACCAGUGAACCGAGCCUCCCGGACGCUGAAGACCGGGUCCAGGUUGCCUCGCCGGAGGCUCCCAGGGAAGAAACGACCUCCGAGACGACCAGCGUCCAGGAGAGCCUCCAGGAGGCCGGGGCUCCAGUCGACGUCGACGUCGCCGUCGGUCCCAGGGGCGGUGGUGGCAGCGAAGUUGGAGAGGCCGAGGACGCGGGGCUCCAAGACGAAGAUCGUGGUGAGCCUGCAGACACGAUGCUGGGUCUCCUCAGAGGCCACGACUCCGAGAGACGCGAGCGCCGGUUCGCGUGUCCAUUUUGCGGCAAGUGCGUGAGGUCGAAGGAGAAUCUUAAGCUCCACGUCCGCAAGCACACGGGCGAAAGGCCCUUCGUGUGUCUGUUUUGCGGACGAGCUUUUGGCGGCAAAAGCGACCUCACAAGACACCUUCGCAUCCACACCGGCGAACGACCCUACCACUGUGAAAUGUGCGGCAAGUGCUUCGCCAGGGCUGAUUACCUAUCGAAGCACCUCACCACCCACAUCCAUCAGCGUUAACCGCUUCGAGGGUGUAUUUUCAGCUGCUAAUCAGAGGACCCGCUUCUUUUUUCCAUCCACACCGCGCGGUUGUUGAUCGCUUUUUCGUUUACUAU